GGACGCGGGUUGGCCGAGGCGCCAGUGACAGGCGACAUACAGCGGCGCGGCGGCGCGCGGCGCGUCCCCGCGGCCCCCGUGCGUGUAAACAAACGGCCCACCGACGCUAGCUGCUCGUUAGCUCGCUGCUAACGGCUAAGCUGCACAGAACAGAGGCGAAACCGAGCCGGACACCCCGCGCAGCUCGGUUGCCGUGUCCCGCCUCGGUGCCCGCCCCGCUGGCCGGCGGUCGUGUAGGAUUCUGCUCCCUCUCUCUGUUGCUGCCGCUAGUUCUGCUGUUCACGAGCCGCAGGGAGGGGGGACGCUCGUUUCACGUCCCCCAACGGGCCGCCGGUGGGGACCGAGCGGGGACCGAGCCGAACAUGCUGCGGGAUCUGGUGCCGCCAGGGCUGAGGGGCUGAGGAGAGUCGGGCCGAACCAGGGAACCAGGGAACCCCCGCCAGCGGGCUGCUGAAGCCUCGACCCCCCGCGACCCCGUCGACCCCGCCCCGGGCCCCGGCCCGCCGGCCCGUGUGGGUGGUUGUGUGGGAGCGGACCUGAGCUCUGCUCCGCUCCGUGGUUGUGUAGCAGCUGGGCCAUGCCCCGCCAGGCCCGGGAUUAAGCCUCUCAGCUGGUCUCAUCCCCUCCCCCAACACCCCCCAGGCCCCGGGGCCGGGACCAGCACGGACCGGCUCGGACGUGGAUGUGAUGGAACUGAUGUUCGCCGAGUGGGAGGACGGGGAGAGGUUCUCUUUCGAAGACUCGGACCGGUUCGAGGAAGACUCGCUGUGCUCCUUCAUCUCCGAGGCCGAGAGUCUGUGUCAGAACUGGAGGGGAUGGAGGAAGCAGUCCGCCGGACCAAACUCCCCCACUGUCAAGAUUAAAGAUGGGCAGGUGAUUCCACUGGUAGAGCUUUCUGCCAAACAGGUAGCAUUCCACAUCCCGUUUGAGGUGGUGGAGAAGGUCUACCCUCCUGUCCCGGAGCAGCUCCAGCUCCGCAUCGCCUUCUGGAGCUUCCCUGAGAACGAGGAGGACAUCAGGUUGUAUUCCUGCCUGGCUAAUGGGAGCCCAGAUGAAUUCCAACGUGGAGAGCAGCUCUACAGGAUCCGUGCUGUCAAAGACCCCCUUCAGAUUGGCUUCCAUCUCAGCGCCACCGUGGUUUCCAGUCAGUCUGGUCAGUCUAAAGGAGCCUACAAUGUGGCGGUCAUGUUCGACCGCUGCCGCAUCACUUCCUGCAGCUGUACCUGUGGCGCAGGCGCCAAAUGGUGCGCCCAUGUGGUGGCACUCUGCCUCUUCAGAAUCCACAAUGCAUCAGCAGUUUGUCUGAGGGCUCCAGUCUCCGAGUCUUUGUCCAGGCUGCAGAGGGACCAGCUCCAGAAGUUUGCCCAGUACCUCAUUAGUGAGCUGCCUCAGCAGAUCCUGCCCACAGCCCAGCGGCUACUGGACGAGCUGCUGUCCUCUCAGUCUACUGCCAUCAACACUGUGUGUGGAGCUCCAGACCCGACAGCAGGCCCUUCAGCGUCUGACCAGAGCACCUGGUAUUUGGACGAGUCCACCCUCAGCGACAACAUCAAGAAGACCCUGCACAAGUUCUGCGGGCCUUCGCCUGUCGUCUUCAGUGACGUGAACUCCAUGUACCUGUCGUCCACGGAGCCCCCGGCGGCGGCUGAGUGGGCGUGUCUGCUCCGGCCCCUGAGGGGCCGAGAGCCGGAGGGAAUCUGGAACCUUCUGUCCAUCGUCAGGGAGAUGUUCAAGAGACGAGACAGCAACGCUGCCCCACUGCUGGAGAUCCUCACUGAACAGUGCCUUAACUACGAGCAGAUCAUCAGCUGGUGGUACAGCGUCCGGACAUCGGCCUCCCACAGCAGCGCCAGCGGCCACACCGGCCGCAGCAACGGCCAGUCGGAGGUGGCGGCUCACGCCUGCGCCAGCAUGUGUGACGAGAUGGUUGUCCUGUGGAGGCUGGCGGUGCUGGACCCCACCAUGAGCCCUUACAGGCGCCUGGAUCUGGCGGGCCAGCUGAAACAGUGGCAUCUCAAAGUCAUAGAGAUCGUGAAACGGGGACAACAUCGCAAGUCCCUGGACAAACUUUUUCAGGGCUUCAAGCCCGCCGUGGAGUCCUGCUAUUUCAACUGGGAAGUGGCCUACCCACUGGAGGGCAUCACGUACUGCAGCGCAGACAAGAAGAGCGUCCCCUUCUGCUGGCCCAGGGCACUGCAGCUCCCCAGAGGAGUCCGAGCUGCUGCCGGAGCGGGCGGCGACGCGUCCGAGCCCGGAGCGGGCGGUAGAACCGACGGUGGAGCUGGGGGGGACCACCAAGCGAAAGGAAACGGCCACUUGUCCCAACAGGAGGUGGCGGUGCGUCCGAAGGAGACCAUUCUGACUAAGAGGAAGGGUCUGUCGCUGAGCGGAGGGGGAGGGAUGCUGGUCCGUCUGGGGGGAGGCGUCUCUCUGGCCCUGGAGGACGGCGGAGGGAAGUGCAUGUACAAAGGGACAGGUUCCUCCUCGGGGGGGAAGCUGAAACUGGCCCCGGGGAGCGGGAAGGGCUCGUCUUCAGGAGGCCCCGGGGGCAGCGGAGGGCUGGGGGGCGGGAAGCACGCCAGCGCUAAGAGGAGAACCAGCAGCGAGGACAGCUCUCUGGAGCCGGACCUGGCCGAGCUCAGCCUGGACGACGGCUGCAGUCUGGCCCUGGGGGCCGAGGCCAGCAACACCUUCGAGUUCCUGCCCCCCCCGCCGGAGAUGCUGCCCUCUCCCAGUCCCCUGCUCAGAGAGUCGCCCAAGUUCAGCAGCAGCAACGGAGGGAGCAAGAUGUUUGAAACCAAGCGCGCUAGCCACGCCUCCACCGCGCUGGCCGCCGCCGAGCCCCCCGGCCCGUCGUGCUUCCCUCCCAAAGAAAACCUGGGGGCUGCUAUAGACAUAUCCAACCCUGCAGCCAAGGAGACCGACGCUGACGGGGAACCUGCCCAGAGCAAAGACGAAGACGUGGACUCGGCCGGCAGCCACCAGCCCUCCGCCUCCACGGCCACGGCCAAACCUCAAACCUCUGGUAAAGCGCAGCGGGGCCGCAGGGACGCAGCUUCUGCUGAAGCAGCAGCAGCAGCCACAGCCGGGGCGGCGGCCGCGGGAGAACCUGCUCCCCAGGGGGCGGAAGGAGCCGCGUCCGAGGGAGAGGCCGUGGGGGAGGACGACUAUCAGGCGUACUACCUGAGCGCCGCCUCGGAGGAGGGAGCCGAGAGGCAGCUGGUGGACAACCACCAGGAGGAAGAGCCCGACAUCUUUGCAGGGAUCAAACCGCUGGAGCAGGAGGGGCGCAUGGAGGUGCUGUUUGCGUGUGCCGAGGCCCUGCACGCCCACGGCUACAGCAACGAGGCGUGCCGGCUGGCCGUGGAGCUGGCCACGGACCUGCUGGCCAACCCUCCAGACCUGAAGGUGGAGCAGCCACAGACCAAGGGGAAGAAGAGCAAGGUGUCGACCAGCCGUCAGACGCAGGUGGCCACCAACACACUGUCCAAGGCCGCCUUCCUCCUCACUGUCCUCAGCGAGCGGCUGGAGCUCCACAACCUGGCCUUCAGCACCGGGAUGUUCUCCCUGGAGCUGCAGAGACCACCGGCAUCUACCAAAGCUCUCGAGGUGAAGCUGGCGUACCAGGAGUCUGAGGUGGUGGCUCUGCUGAAGAAGAUUCCUCUGGGGCUGGUGGAGAUGUCGACCAUCAGGGAGCGAGCUGAGCAGCUCCGGGACGGAAACCUGUGUGACUACAGGCCCGUGCUGCCGCUCAUGCUGGCCAGCUUCAUCUUCGACGUGCUGUGUACCCCGGUGGUGUCCCCAACGGGUUCCCGUCCACCCAGCCGCAACCGAAACAACGAGAUGCCGGGAGACGAGGAGCUGGGCUUCGAGGCUGCCGUCGCUGCACUGGGCAUGAAGACCACGGUGAGCGAGGCAGAGCAUCCUCUGCUCUGUGAGGGAACUCGGCGGGUGAAGGGCGACCUGGCUCUGGCUCUGAUGAUCACGUACAAGGACGACCAGAGUAAACUCAAGAAGAUUCUGGAUAAGCUGCUAGACCGGGAGAGUCAGACCCACAAGCCCCAGACUCUGAGCUCCUUCUACUCCAGCAAACCAGCAGCCGGCAGCCAGCGCAGCCCGUCCAAACACACGGCCGCCAGCCACGGUGGGGUGGCCGCCUCGGGGGUCGGCUCCAAGCACGGCCCGCCGUCUUCAGCCACCAACGCGCAGGCCGCCUCCUCGUCCAGCUCCUCCUCUGCCGUGGCCCUGGCGGGGGAGGAGAUCGCUCCUCAGGCGGAACUGAACCCGGUAGAAAGCAGCGGAGGCGGGGAGAGUCACGCUGAGACCAGGGAGCACGGUUCAGAGGGGCCUCAGGUGUCUGGUGAACAGCAGAAUGAAGCUGCUCCCUUCAAGCUGGAGGCCACGGUGCCCAGUCGCCUGGCCCUGGGGGCGCGCUGUGGCUACAGCCAGCGCUGCUGGGGCUCCCCCGUCCGGCAGAAGAAGAAACACACAGGCAUGGCGAGCAUCGACAGCAGCGCCCCGGAGACCACCUCCGACAGCUCUCCCACGCUCAGCCGCCGGCCGCUCCGGGGCGGCUGGGGGGCCGCGUCCUGGGGGAGGGGCCAGGACAGCGACAGCAUCAGCAGCUCAUCGUCAGACUCGCUGGGCUCCUCGUCCUCCAGCGGCUCCCGCAGGGCCGGCGGCGGGGCCAGGGCCAAGAGCACCGACACCAGCAGGUUCAGCUCACACCAAACGUACAAAGGACGACGGCCGGAGUGCCACGCCCCUCACGUGCCCAAUCAGCCGUCGGAGGCGGCGGCACACUUCUACUUUGAGCUGGCCAAGACGGUGCUCAUCAAGGCCGGGGGGAAUUCCUCCACCUCCAUCUUCACGCAGCCGUCGGCCAGCGGCGGGCACCAGGGGCCCCACAGAAACCUGCACCUCUGUGCCUUCGAGAUCGGCCUGUACGCUCUGGGACUCCACAACUUCGUCUCUCCCAACUGGCUGUCCAGGACGUACUCGUCUCACGUGUCCUGGAUCACAGGCCAGGCCAUGGAGAUCGGCAGCGCGGCCCUGAACAUCCUGGUGGAGUGCUGGGACGGCCACCUCACCCCCCCAGAGGUGGCGUCUCUGGCGGACCGGGCGUCCCGGGCCAGGGACCCCAACAUGGUGCGGGCGGCAGCAGAGCUGGCCCUCAGCUGCUUGCCCCACGCUCACGCCCUCAAUCCCAAUGAGAUCCAGAGAGCCCUGGUGCAGUGCAAAGAGCAGAAACGUCACCCCUCACCCUCCUCACCCGCUGUCCUGGUCUGUCACCUGCAGGACAACGUCAUGCUGGAGAAGGCCUGCAUGGCGGUGGAGGAGGCGGCCAAAGGCGGCGGGGUGUACCCGGAGGUUCUGUUCGAGGUGGCCCACCAGUGGUACUGGCUGUACGAGCAGUCGGUGGGCGGGGGCUCGGCCCAGCAGCGCGAGACCUCGGGACGCUGCGGGGCCAACGGCGGCUCGGGCCGGAGGCCCCCGGAGUCCAGCUGCAUCGUCAUCGAGGGCGGGAUCAACCCGGAGUCCGCGGGGGUGGCGGCGGUCACCGCCUCGGUCACGGCGGCCGCCGUCGUCCCCGUCAUCUCGGUGGGCUCCACCAUCUACCAGCCGCACCCCAUGCCGGGCCAGGCCAUGGCCCACCCCCACACCCAGGGGCUGCACCCCUACACCACCAUCCAGGCUCACCUGCCCACCGUCUGCACCCCCCAGUACAUGGGACACCCCCUGCAGCACGUGCCCCGGCCCACCGUCUUCCCCGUCACCGGGGCUUCAUAUCCACAGGGAAUGCACCCCGCCUUCAUCGGGGCCCAGUACCCGUUCUCGGUGGCCGCCGGCCCCCAGCCGCCGCUGGCCGCCACAGCGGUCACCUUCCCCGGCGUCCCCGUGCCGUCGAUGACUCAGAUUGCCGUCCAUCCCUACCACGCCGAGACGGGCCUCCCCCUCAGCACCACCGUGGCAGGUCAGGGGCCCGUGAGCGCGGUUCCCGGGGGCCGGACGGUCCCAGGGUGCGUGCUGCUGUGUGGUAACCGUCCCGCGGGGCCGCUCUGUUUUCCAGUGGGCAGCGUCCACACCGGUCCCAUCCAGACCAUCCAGGGGGCGUCUCUGCCCGCCGUGUCCUCCCAGCCCGCCCCCCUGGUCAGCACGGCCUUCCCCAUCGAGGACGAGCAGCACAGCCAGCCCAUCAGCCAGCAGGGCCUGCACUACCUGCACUCUGCCUACAGAGUCGGCAUGCUGGCCCUGGAGAUGCUGGGCAGGAGGGCCCACAACGACCACCCCAACAACUUCUCCAGGAGCCCCCCGUACACCGAGGACGUCAAGUGGCUGCUGGGACUGGCAGCACGGCUGGGGGUCAACUACGUGUACCAGUUCUGUGUGGGAGCAGCUAAAGGCGUGCUGAGUCCCUUCGUCCUGCAGGAGAUCAUCAUGGAGGCUCUGCAGAGGCUGAACCCCGCCCACAUCCACGCCCACCUGCGGACCCCCGCCUUCCACCAGCUGGUGCAGCGCUGCCAGCAGGCCUACCUGCAGUACAUCCACCACCGGCUCAUCCACCUGACGCCUGCUGACUACGACGACUUCGUCAACAUCAUCCGCAGCGCCCGCGGGGCCUUCUGCCUGACGCCCGUGGGGGUGAUGCAGUUCAACGACGUGCUGCAGAACCUGAAGAGAGGCAAGCAGACCAAGGAGCUGUGGCAGCGCAUCUCCCUGGAGAUGACCACCUUCUCCCCCUGAGAGAGCCGGGCCCCAGACUCCUGCCGGGCCCCAGACUCCUGCCGCGCCGCCGCCGCCGGGCCCCAGACUCCGCCGCUGCCGCCGCCGCGUCGCCCAGCCUGACGCCGCCACACUGGGGGCGCCGCCCGCCCGCCGUGUGGACUCCACACUCUCCCUUUAGUGUGCUUCAUGUCCGUGUUGUGGUCGUCCCAGAAUCAGCAGACUGCCGGGGCCCGCCCCCCCCCCAUCCUCUCUGUCCCAGUGUUUUCUAGUUUGAGUUGUUUUCAGUUGAACCACUGAGUGUCUGGUUCACGCUGCAACAUUCCAGUCCAGAGUGGAGCUGCCGGGCCCCCGGGGCCCCCCGGAGCCUCACUGUGGACCUGAAUCCUUGCAGUGGGGGACAAAGACCUGCAGGACACGAACCUGACACAUGACUGAGUGUAACGUUGAGUUCUUUUUUUAAACUUUGUACAUACGAUGGCGUGUCUGCAGAGGAGAGGACGUGGGAUCCAUGUUUUCCUUUCAGCCUGCCUGAGGAGUGAACGCAGCUCCAGACCAAGCCCAGAGCCCAGAGCACGGCUCGGCCCAGAACCCAGAGCCCGGCUCGGCCCAGAACCCAGAACCCGGCCCAGAACCCGGCCCACCACGGGGGCUCCGACAGCAGCUACAUCUGAUCCAGUCUUUCAGCGUAUCGGGAACAACCACUCAAAUUUUACUUUUCCCAGUUAGAACGUCACAAAGUUUGGUCUUCCUGUUUCUCACAGAAUUAAAUGAGGUUUAUUUGGUCGACAUAAAAGUAACAAAGAUUUAUUGACGUGUUAAAUUAGUUUCUGAUGUCUCAGCACCAGAACUACAUGUAAAACAAAGAUCCCAACUAAAGCCACAUCCUGCUACCUGUGACCAGAGGUGUCUCUCCAGGAGGAGUCGGGCCGUCGGCAGCGCCAGCAGGAAUCAAACCCCCGGCUCUGCCAGAGCCCCCGUGGCGGCCGGGCCCUCAGAACCCACCCGGACCCUCGGCGGGCUGCUGGCGCCGGCCGGGGCUGGCUGGCUGGCGGGUCACGUGAGCAGACGAGGGCUGACUGAUGCUGAGCGUGUGAAGUGCGUGGUUCCCGGCCAGGACCCGGCCAGGACCCGCUCAGCGCCGACACCAUGGUGCUGUUACUCUCAGACUGUUCAGGCAGCUGCUGCGGUUCGGAGCCGGCCCCGCUGGUUCUGGACCUCACAGGCGAAGGCGACUUUGUAGAAAAUGUUCUGUGAUAUUUUUGUAUUCCUCCGGCGUGUAGCUUGAUCGGAGGUUCUAUAUGUACUUAUUACAAAAGAUUCUAAUUUAGAGUGAAAAGAAUAAAAAAAGAGACAAGCAAUACUAAAAGUGUAGUUUACUUAAUAAAGAUGAUUAAAACAG